AUGGUAUUCUACUUGAUAGGUCUAGGACUGGGUGACGUUGAAGAUAUUACUGUGAAAGGACUAAAUGUUGUAAGGUAUCUGUCUAAAUACCCGAUGAUACCCGUACAUCAUUUGAUGAUUCUAAUUCGACUCUUUAGAAGGUAUGAAAUAUUGGCUGGUGCCGAUGUCGACGACGUUGCUGUUCUCGUCGUGGGAGAUCCUUUUGGCGCAACAACACAUACAGACCUUGUCUUACGUGCAAAACAAAAAGCAAUACCUGUUAGUCAGGAAUAUCGACAUUCGCUAUCCUUAAAUACUCUCCUUUAG